CUUAUAUGGACUUCUCCGUGUGGAGGCCUUAUCUUUGUUCUGUAUAGCCUGGAUUUUAUACUAAGGAACAUGAAAGGUCUCGUCAUUUUAGUCCUGGCGGCGACGUUAUUCACGAUUGCUCUUGGUCUAAGUUGUUAUCAAUGCACGCGCGAGGAGUCGUUGGCGGCUUGCAACAAAAUUAAAAACUGUUCCGACAUUGAGGAAUGUUAUGUGGAUGAAAUAGUUACAAGCACAAGAGUUGUAUACACUGCUGGAUGUCGAGCGAAAGUGCAAUGUACCGGGACGGCAUUAGGGAAACGGUCGAGCAUGGAGAAAAGACAAGAUAUAGAGCUGAUUGCAUGUUCCCGCUGCUGUGAUGCUAACGACUUUUGCAACAAACAACUAUGUGGGAUCCAAAAUACGCAGGGAAAUCAAGACUUACACCAGUGCUACAGCUGUAACCUUGUGGGAGACAUGUCAGCAUGCAACGAAAAGGUCACGUGUGACAUCGACCAGGUCUGUUCUUCAGCUGCCUACAUAGAAGGUAAUCAGGAGCUGUACUCAUUCGGCUGUUACCCUAAACAGCCCUGUUUAGCGGGGACAUCGUUUAUUGUACAACAUCAGGCCAUGUUGGAUCAUAACACUGUCGGGAGGCGAGAACUCCACAAGGUCUGUAACAUCUGCUGUGGGGAUUUUCUUUGUAACACCGGAAACUGUUCACAACUUGUUGGAAAACUACGUCUACUGUACGAAGGCAGCCACUUGGACCUUCACACUCUAAAGAAGAUUCCAUAGUGUGACCAGUGUGUGUGAAAUUGUCUGUGGGUCAGUUUUGAAAACAGACAAUACUUAUA